UCUCUGAAAAAACAAAAGAAAACCCUAAAAAGAAAGAAAUGGGACCUCAAGGGCUUGGGCUUGAGAUAACUGAACUAAGGCUAGGGUUACCGGGUGGUGGCGGUGAAAGAAGUGAGAAGAAGAGGAGGGUGGUUUGUGGUGGUGGUGGUGGUGGGAAGAAUAGAGAUAUGGAUGUGGUGGUGGUAGGGUGGCCACCGGUGUGUUUGUAUAGGAAGAAAAGCAUACAAGUGAGGAAAAUGUAUGUGAAAGUGAGCAUGGAUGGGGAACCAAUUCUUAGAAAGGUUGAUUUGAGUUGUUUUCAAGGGUAUUGUGAUCUUGGCAUGGCUCUUGAGAACCUGUUUCAUUGUCAUGGCAUUGAUAUAGGUGAAGCAAUGAAGGAAGAAAGUGAGAGUGGUGAAUACGUAGCCAUCUAUGAAGACAAAGAUGGAGACUGGAUGCUUGUAGGAGACGUACCUUGGCUAAUGUUUACUGAAACAUGCAAGAGACUAGGAAUCAAGAAGAGGUCGGAUGCGAACGGAAUUGUACCAUGCAAAUGAUCGUGUACCACACACGACGAGUCGAGAUUGAGAUUAAUGAAGUAGUAAUUUGCAUGGAAUUCGUUAAGUUAAAUUAUUAAUCGUGUAUUAAUUGUUGUGUGUUUGCUUAAUUA